GGGUCUAGCGCCGGUGCCUGGCAGCUUCCACACGAGGAUUCCAGAGGAGAGGUUCCCUGAUGACCGUGCUUCUGGAACAACCUCAGUCUGUCUCCCCAGAUCGCGGUCAUGACGCUGACGCUCUUUCCCAUCCGGCUGCUGCUUGCCGCCUUCAUGAUGCUGCUCGCCUGGCCCUUCGCGCUCGUCGCUUCCCUGGGACCCGCUGAGAGGGCCCCGGAGCAGCCCCUGGCCUUGUGGCGGAAGGUCGUGGACUUCCUGCUCAAGGCCAUCAUGCGGACCAUGUGGUUCGUUGGUGGCUUCCACUGGGUGACCGUGAAGGGGCGGCAGGCCCUGCCCACCGAGGCAGCCAUCCUCACCCUGGCACCACACUCCUCCUACUUCGAUGCCAUCCCCGUCACCAUGACCAUGUCCUCCAUCGUGAUGAAGGCCGAGAGCAGAGACAUCCCGAUAUGGGGAACUCUGAUCAAGUACAUACGGCCUGUCUUCGUGUCCCGGUCAGACCAGGAUUCUCGCAGGAGGACCGUGGAGGAAAUCAAGAGACGGGCGCAGUCAAAUGGCAAGUGGCCACAGAUAAUGAUUUUUCCAGAGGGAACUUGUACCAACAGGACCUGCCUAAUUACCUUCAAACCUGGUGCCUUCAUCCCAGGAGUUCCUGUCCAGCCGGUGGUCCUGCGGUACCCAAAUAAGCUGGACACCAUCACGUGGACGUGGCAAGGCCCCGGAGCGUUAGAAAUCCUGUGGCUCACCCUGUGUCAGUUUCACAAUCAAAUUGAAAUUGAGUUCCUUCCGGUGUACAACCCUUCAGAGGAGGAAAAGAAGGACCCCGCCCUGUAUGCCAGCAAUGUGCGACGCGUCAUGGCCGAGGCCCUGGGCGUCUCGGUGACCGACUAUACCUUUGAGGACUGCCAGCUGGCCCUGGCGGAAGGACAGCUUCGGCUCCCUGCAGACACCUGCCUUCUGGAAUUCGCCAGGCUGGUGCGGGGCCUGGGCCUAAAACCAGAAAAACUUGAAAAAGAUCUGAAUAGAUAUGCGGAAAGUGCUGGGAUGAAGAGGGGGGCAAAGAUCAACGUCUCAGAGUUUGCGGCUUACCUGGAAGUGCCUGUCUCCGACCCGCUGGCCGACAUGUUCUCCCUGUUUGACGAGAGCGGGAGCGGCGAGAUGGACCCUCGGGAGUACGUGGUCGCCUUGUCUGUCGUCUGCCGGCCUGCUCAGACCCUGGACACCAUACAGCUGGCCUUCAAGCCGACUUCGGCAGGUUUGCAGAAACGUACCCCGACUUUGCAGAGGAGUAUCUGUACCCCGACCAGCCGCCUUUCGAGGGCUGUGCACAGACGCCUCCCGCUCUCACCCCCAACGGCUUCUGUGCUGACUUCAGCCCCGAGAACUCGGAUGCUGGGAGGAAGCCUGUGCGGAAGAAACUGGACUAGGACUGAGGGUGCUGGAGAGACGAGACUGCUCCCCGGCAGUCGCCACCCGCCUCCGCAUGGCCGCGAGCCCUCUGCUGUGACCAUCUCCGGGCUCCACUCUCCACGUCGGCUGCUCGGUCACUGUCCCCAGGCCCAAGUGCCAGAGGCUGGGGUGUUUCCACUUUGCUCCUCUGUGGGGCACCGGCCUGAGGGGCAUCUGGAAGGAAACCUUAUGCUCACGCCACCCGGACUCCUCACAGCAAGACCGCGUGGGGCAUGUCCUGCCUACCUUGGUGGGGCUCAGGGGUCUCCCUGCGGGCAGGUCCUCGGGAGUGGGUGGACGCCAGGUGUGGCUUGUUUUCAAGUGUCCUGGGUUCAGGUUGUCAUCUCACUCUUUCCACGCGGCCCCUGUUGGUCAGUUCGAGGCACAUGCACAGGCGGGCAGCCUCCAUGCACACUCGAAAAGCGGGGCAUGUGGCAUGUGUUCGAUUCCAGACAAACCCUGUGCUGACUUGUGGAGUCACAGUGUGGCCGGCCCGCCAGGAGUUUUUAAACAUUUUUAUAUUUGUGGGAGUUCAUGAGUAUUUUAUAAACCUCAUUUAGAUACUACAGGAAACAUUCAGCAUUUUUUUUAAAAGAAGAAAGUUGUUUUUCUACUUCAUUUUCCUUUGAGGGUCAGAGGAUAUUUAUUUAUAGGCCCUUUUUUGAUAGACUCUGAGGCUGUCUGUGGCUUUGACUUCACUCUCUCUGGCCUCUCCACCAGGUCAGUUUCCCUCCUGUUUGGGCCACCAGGAGUUCCAGCCCAGAACUGCUAUCUCCCAUCCUUAAUCCUUUUGAAUCCCCCUCUUUUUUUAUAAACAUUACCAGCUUGGUAUUUCUGUUUUAAUAUGACGUCAUCUACUUCACUGUAGUGUCAGCUCCGAGGCAUUGAACAUGGGUGGCAUGAGUGAGGCAGGAGGGAAGGACUGGUCCCGGCUCCUUUGUUGUGUUUGGCUGUGCACCUCCAGCAGCCCUGGGGCAGCGCGUCCUGCUCGGAGGGUGGCCAUCCCUCCCCUGCUCCGGCUCUGGUGAGUGGACAAAGCAGCUGCCCCUGCAGACAGAUGAGCUGCACGGACAGACAGACGGAAACUGGAGAGCAGCAGAGCCGGUGAUUGCCUCAGGCUGAUGCCCCGCCUGUCAGGGCCACGAGGCCGCAUAGGUCUGUCAGGGACCAACUCCAGUCCCUCCCUGGGUCAGAGGAGGAGCAGUCUCCUGGCACCAGAAGGGGGACACUGUGCUGGUGGUGCCUUUGUUCUUCCUGAAAUCCCCUUGGUUCACUUGUUUAGGACAGAAUUUGAACCUGUCCUUAAAGCACAAUCAUAACCACAGACUCCAGUUGGUGUCCUGAAGCAAAGCCUCUGGGUUCCUUUGGGGGGGAAUUUUUUUUUUUUCUAAAAUGAAUUGAAUUUUGUAUUUGGGGCAUCUCUACUGAAAGUGACCACCAGGGCCAGAAGCACAGGGAAGAUGUUUACUGAUUUCCCGAGGCAUCCAUGACGUGCAUUUCUACCAGUAGACGCCAGGAAAACCCUUAACUCCGGUUCAGCUUCCCCUCCCCCGGUUCCAGCUGCUCACUGCCAGCCAGGACGCACACAGGGGCGGGUGCUGAGGGCCAUCCGGGGCACUCGGCUUGCUGGACACCACAGAAACUCAGAUGCAGCCUCGGUGGCUAACGGUGGUUAAUUUUAUAAUCAUAAAAUGUAUAAAGAUUCAUUUUUCAAAGAAAAACCCACCAAUGACCAAUGAAGGAGGUGAAUAAACUAAGAUGUUCUGAGGGAAGGGGCCUGAAUUUGGCCUCCAUCCUCCAGGUCUGUGCAUGAAGGGUUUUUUGAAUGAAAUGCCACAGUGCGUUUUCAGGAAAAAAAAUCUCUGAUAAGCAGACUUUGAAUGGAUGUUUGCUCCUCCUGAUCCCUUUUCUUUCUUGUAGUGACUCAAUGGCAUUCGGAACUGUGAAUGUACAUAGUGUCGGAAUAAACCCCAUUAGUAUGAGAUGAGGACACGGGCAAGUGCAGCCCUGGCCCCUCCACCUGUGGGGACAUGGGGGUCCUGCUGGAUGUGGGGGGGGGGGUCUUGCUAGAACGUGGGGCCCUGCUGGAAAGGGUGCCAUGUGAAGAACUUUGGGUUUGUAACGGAAUGAAUAAAAUGUAGUCCUAUGUACUUGAA